CACGACAAGGACCAGGUGGACUGUUGACUAGUUCUCUAUCAUCCGAUUGCGAAAUGUUUUCAUAUUUGCCUCCACCAUGUGCCCCACCACCGCCACCACCCUAUUCUCUGAUCGAUGAAUGCGGACGAGUAAAGGGCUGGGUUGACGCACGAGAACCUGGCAGCGGUAACUGGCUCAAGUACGUUCGCGGCACCCAGGAACGACAGCAACAAAACAUGAUGGCUGUACAAGUCGAAGACCAGGUAUAUUACAAAGCUUUAAAGGACAUCGCUCCUGGCGACGAGAUGUUACUUUACGCCAAAGAUGCGGUCUACCUCGAGAAUGAAUUGGAGGCAAUGCAAGGCUUAGACGAUGAAGAGAAACGCUAUCCCUGCGGUGACUGUGGUGAGGUCUUCCGCUCAAAGGUGGCACUCCGACGACACGAGACGUACGUCUGCAAGAACAGUAAUGCAAUCUUCACCAAACUGAACCGAGAAUUCAAGGAAAAUAACCAGCUGGAAAAUCAGAUGAAUACCUCUGUAAAGGAGUCUAUCACAGAUGAAGGGUCGAUGUCUGACAGCAGUAUAAGCCAGGAUGCCGCCUGGAAAGCUAGUAUUAUGCGCAAUUCAACUAUCGGUCCAGAUGGAUUCAGGCGUUUCCCCUGCGAGAACUGUGAUAAAGUCUUCACCGACCCCAGCAAUCUGCAGCGCCACAUACGCGCCCAGCAUAUCGGCGCCCGAUCGCACGCCUGCGCCGACUGCGGAAAGACAUUCGCGACCUCUAGCGGCCUGAAACAACACCAACACAUCCAUAGCAGCGUCAAGCCAUUCCAGUGCGAAGUCUGCCUAAAGGCCUAUACACAAUUCUCCAAUCUCUGCCGCCAUAAACGAAUGCACGCUGAUUGCCGCCAGCAGAUCAAGUGCAAGGAUUGCGGGCAAGCGUUCUCCACUGUGACGUCGCUGAGCAAGCAUAAACGAUUCUGCGAAGGAGCCUUAAGGAAUGGAUCCCGUCCUGCUUACCCCAUUCCAGGCCUCCCCCAGAGGCCUCCAGUCAGCGCUGGUCUACCCCCGACAUCACAAGGAUCUGGAUUGCCGGCAGCUUAUAUGAACUUGUACCGUGCUCGACCGCCGUUCCCAUUCUACCCUCCAAUGGCGGCCGGCUACCCAUCAUUCCCUCCUGGUCAUCCGUUAGCUGCAAUGCAAAUGGCUGCUCUCCAGAAUGCGUCGCACCAGGGGAAGUCACCUGACAUCCUUGGGAUGUCACCGUCAAAAAGUGAACGCGAUAGCUCAGAAGCGUCCAUUUCAAGUCAUUCCGAUGGUGAGAUGCAGGGCCUCUCUGAUGUCGAGUCCGAAAUCAAGUACGAUAGGCACGCACCAGCUAGUCUGUCACCGAAGAUGCCCCUGCCACUCAAAGUCGAGCCGAAGACACCCACCACUGCCUUCAGGAGUGAAAUCAACACAAGUACACCAAUUGGGUCCAUGAUUCCAGUCCAGAAGACGCCUUCUUCUGGUUCGUCAUUCGGGGACCAACCGUUUGACCUGAGCAGUAGCAGCAAGUCUAAAGAUGAUAUGCCGUUCGAUCUGUCGAAAACGAGUUCCAAGUCCAGCUCACCGAGUCCUGAUGAACCGCUAGAUCUGUCGCACAAGUACAAAGUUGAAACAAAGGCGGCUCACAAGACUCACGUGUUUGGUGAAGAGCAACAGAAAGCACCGCAGGAGAAACUACACUACGCCUACCCCAUUCCAAGCCCGAUGACCCUUGACCCGAUGUACCGUGUCAGCGCGAUGGACAAGACCAAGAUGCAGCAGACAUUCCAGGAUGCCGCCAAGCAGAUGAUGUCACUUCCACGCUUCCAUAUGCCGACGCCCGGAUUCCCGUUUGGCGGCGUGAACAUGAACAUGGGCAUGAUGUCGCCCGACGCCCAGCAGAAAGGUUUCUCGCCCAUGAUGAAACUCGCCAAGCCCAUGGAGCCAUUCCGAUUCUCUCCGAACCAAGCCAACAAACUCAAGGAACGUUACUCUUGCAAAUUCUGCGGAAAGAUCUUCCCGCGCUCGGCCAACCUGACGCGGCACCUCCGCACGCACACCGGCGAACAACCCUACAAAUGCAAAUACUGCGAACGCUCAUUCUCGAUAUCGUCAAACCUCCAGCGUCACGUCCGAAACAUUCACAACAAAGAAAAGCCGUUCAAAUGCCCGCUAUGCGAUCGCUGCUUCGGCCAACAGACCAACUUGGAUCGCCAUCUCAAGAAACACGAGUCAGACGGACCAAACGUCAUCGACUCACCGACCAAUGAAAUCGAAGACAAGGAUGACUCUUACUACGACGACAUUCACAACUUCAUCGAUAAUAAAAGCAAGGAGACGAAAGAUUACGGGAAAAUCGACGCCAAUUUUUCCCUGACGGGAAGGAUUGAGACUGUCAUGGACGCCGCAAGCGAUAAAUCUGACGAGUUAGAGGACAUUGAUGAUGACAUUGUGGAUGAUGCCGAACUCGUUCUCCCACUAGUCAAACGCCAAAAACUAGACAAUAACAACGAAGAAAAAUUAUCCAAUCACAACGAUUCGCUCGUAUCUAAUGGCUACCAUGAUGAUGAUAGCGAACAUGAUCAGAAACCGUUCCUUCCGUACGAUUCAGCUCCAGUUGCGUGCAACUCCUAGAGAACCUCAGACUCUGUAAAUAUUCUAAUAUUUAUGCAUAGCCAAAGUUCAUAUCGAUUUGAAUUUGCUGCAAGAUUCAGUACACUUUGUGUACAACUUCAUCUAAAUGUACCGAGUACUUUCGGCAAAGUUAAAUUGGACUGGACUCUUAUUAUUUCUAUGACUUGAACAGCAGUGUGCCAGAGGGAGUAACCUGUCUACCCUUUGCCACAAAAAUGCCAAAGUCGGCCAGUUCAUUUCCUCAAUGGUGGACUUCUCCAUUCUUGUUGCAGAGGGGAGACAGUAAGGGCAACGUAGAAAGAAGUAUCCAAGUUCUGUGUGUCAUGAGAUGUUUGGAUUUUGUUUUAAGUGUUUCAAGGGUGGUAUGAAGAUUUUUCCUGACAAUGUGUUGUGUGCUGGUGAAUUUUUUAAUCCUGUUCGACAAUAUCCUAAAAAAAGGUGAAGCUGAUUUCCGUGAUUUACAAUUUAAAUAUUUAAAUCUGCCAGGUUGUUGCAUUUUCAUGCUUGAACUUGUCAAUUCUACGGUGCCUUGUAAUGAACCGAAGGUUUGUUCUGGUACCUUGACGGCAGGCUAAUAUAAAAAGUGUUUUUGAAUCUUAUAAUAAUCAACAUUUUUGGUGUGUCUAGUUUUGAAAGUAGAAUUUAGCAUUUGGAAUUACCCCGGCAUAAAUAGAUAGUAAAAAUUGUGUGGAUUUUGUGAGUUUUUGGAACACUUAUAAAAAAUGGAAUGAUGGUCACAGUGUUGCGCAAAAUGUCUAAUAUAUGUAUUAUUUUAGCAAGUUAGCUACUGAAUUUGUAAAUUCACCAAUACCACUGUAUCAUAAAGUGUAAAUUUGCAUGAAAAUGAAAGAAUACAAAAAUGUAUUUUUUGAGAUAUAAUAUUCGAGACGUAUGUUAUCAGGAUGGCAUAGGAUUUAACCUUUGACCUCUGGUGUUUGCGCACUGAUAGCAACUCAUGCACAUUGUUCUAACCGAAUGCCACUUCGCAUUUACAUUUCCCAAUGUAAAAAUUAACCUGGCACCCCUAAAAUAUGAAAAUGGACUGCACUGGAACUGAAACUGUCAAAUGUACGGUGUAAGCCAUUAUUCCAGGGGUGUCAGAUAUUGAACUUGCUUUGUAAAUUUAUGUUAUUGAGUUUGCCUCAAGGUGGCACUGCCAACUUUGCAAUAAUUUGGAAGAAAAUGAUCUGAAUUUUGUACAGGAGUUUACAAAUCAAAAUAACACGCUAGUCAAGCCAAAUGUUUACACAGGGACAGGGUUAACGUGGUUUUUCUGGACCAAUUCUCGUUCUGUCUCGUUCUAAAGUCAUUUGUAUCAGUAUUUUGAGGUUAGGUCAAGGUCAAGCUUGAGGAAGGUUGAAAAUUUGAAGUUUCGAACUGCGAUUUUCAUCUUCGAUUAUCAAUGGGUUAUCUUGCAAUGUUCAGUUCCUUUAGAAUGUGCAAUCCUCAGCCUUUUAAACGACACUCUCUUUACUUCUGUUGCAAGAAGUCUUCUGUUGUUGCAAGCAGCACCGAACCUCUGCCUCUAUUAAAGAUCUUGAAGAAAUUGUCCCUUACAGUCCCGAAUCAACUCCUGGAAUGAAAGAGUGAGCUAGAUUGAAAACAAACGGUUGAUAAGUUAAAACAGUUUGUAUUCAGUAGGUCAAGUUAAACUACAUUUGUAUUUGGCAAUAAUCUAAAAGGUCAUCAUGUUUUGGACAAAUUUCUUCAGGAUCUGAACUCAAGUCAUAAUACUUUCUCGUUGAAAAAUACUGCCUGGAACAGUAUUGACCUCAUACUCAUUUAAUUUUUGAUAGAGCUUUAAGUUAUUUUUCUGUAGAUAUACUCGGUCAGGUUCUGGCCAUUCACAUGUUUAUACCGUAUUUAUAUUUUCUAUGUAUUUUCGUUGGUGGGCCCAAUAUUUUUCACAUCUAUAAGAAAUGAAAUGAACAGCAAUUCGGAUCACACACAAUGCCAUUCAAAUAAAAGUAGACGUCACCUUUUUCCUGCUUUAAUUGAGGUUGCUAUGUAUUUUGGAUGUUCAUCGGACUAUAAAACUAUGUAUAUUUGGCAGGAAGCAGGCGACAUCCUCUUUUAUUGUCACAGAUUCCCAAUUCUAAAAGUUCUAGCAUUUUGUCAUUCUACAAUAAUAGAGCUAUGAUCUCAUUAUACAGGGUGUCAAAAAAGUGGAUAUCACUUCAUUUUGGAAUGACGUCUGCUUUAAUUUUUUAUAAGAUAGCUCCAGCAUUUAUCACCACGCUCAUAUUUUGAGAAUCUCAUAACGGCCCACCUCAAGUAUCUGUCUUAUUUAUUUGCAAAGUUUGUCGGUUUCACCCGAUUCGACAAAACUUAUAAUGCAUUAUAAAAACCCUGUGUAGAUGCAUUACAUGUUUUGUCUAGUUGGGAUGAAUCUAAACUCUCUGUAGCCAGUGGUCUAUUGUCCAACACGCACAGUCAGAAAAACCAUUCAUUCAAAAUAUUUUCAGUUAAAACUCCCCCAAAAUAUUAGUUUCGGUUAGAAAUGGUGUUAAAAUAUUUCCGAGAUAUUUUUCUGAGAAUUUUUUGAAUUUAUGUUAUUUUCACAAAAUUGUUACACAAAAAAUUCCUGUACGGUUUAUUCCUUGUACAUAACUAUGUCUAUGACAGUAAUAUCUGGUUUGGAGUGCAAGCGACUGGGUUGUCCGCCGGCCAGGUGGUCUGAAAACAUAGGUAACAAAAUUACCUGCUCAUCUAAUUGCAAAACAUUGAGAAAUUCUUAAAUUUUCUGAUGUUUUUGUACCAAGCGAAAGUGUUUCUCUCGUAAAGUAAACAUCACUUUGGAAAAGUUUGAGUGGUUUUUGGAACCGUGUUUUCAGUUCACCAGCCUCGUAACCAGUCUUGAUUUUACAUGUAAUCCGUUUGCUGUGAUGAUGUGCAUUUGUAGUGUAGUAAGAUUUGCAUUUGUAGCUAUUUAUGAAAAGAAACGAUUGUAUAGAGGAAUAUUUUCCUGAAAGAUUUCCUGACUACUGAACAUGUCUCUGGUCUUGUUUACCCAAAUAUAAACCAUUUAUUUGAACUCUGGAAAUUCAUCCUUAGUGUUUACCUCAAGUUUAUUUAGGCAAUAUGCCUAAUUUGACUUAUUGGAGGCGGUGUACCUAAGUUUAUGUGACUAAUUUAAGGCAGGGUCCUAUAAUUGUCCAUGCCCUAUAAACAGUUAACCCUGGAAUCGCUUUCCACAGCUCCGUACCCAAAAUCAUAUUCGUUGAACAAUGGGAAGUAUUUUCCCUAUCAUCAAGAAUAUAAAAACCAUAACACCAGGGACAUUCCCCCUGUUGAAUUUUAACCCCAUUAUGCCCAAAUCAACCAUGGAAAUAUUCUCCUAAAAUCUAUAUCAACUCUUACUUAAUACUGAAGGAUACUAUCCUCUAUUUAGUUACUUAACUUGCUUCUUUUGUACCCAAUGCUUUUCGGACUGCACAACUAAAUUGGGAAAUAACCAAAAAUUGGCUUUGCAGCGUUGCCAAUGAUAUGUGCCAUUUAACUGACGAUCUCAAAUUAGGUUAUAUUUUCAAUCACAUAUAUUUUGCGAAAUUCCUUUCCCGAAAAUGCUGUGUAUCACUAUCUUUUACGCAUUUAAACUCUAUUUAAUCAUGUGACAAAAAGUGUACCCAUGAUGCAUUGGGAUAUAAUGAGAUUGCAUCAGGUACGUUGGCAUGUGAUGAAAGGAAUUUUGACGGGUAUCUACAUUUACUCAUGUCAAGUUAAAAUAGAUCUGACGAAUCUGACUAUAGAGUGUCUAAAAAAACUAACACAAAUUUUUAAGAUCGACAUUCCUUGGGCAUUUUCCUGUCAAAAGUUACUUCCUUUACUCUUUUACACUGAAUUGAACUAGAUCUGAUUGUCUAACAUUUCUGCAGAUGUGGGUGUCUUUUUUUUAAACACCUAGUAGUCAUGAUAUUUUCUGAAAAGAUCUGAAUCUUUCAUCAAGCUUGAUAAAAUGAAUUGAUGGAGUAUGUUUUCAAAUUCAAAAACCUCCAAAUGUUUCAAUGUUAAAAUUUCGGAUAUUCUUGUAUUUGGCGUUGAUUAAUUAUGAGAAAUCAUUUCGUCUGUUUCUGGGGGGAACACUUGGAAGAACGAUCUCAUUCUCGAGAACACCAAUUAACCAUUUCUGAAAAUUACACCCCAAAGUUAUCAUCCUGUGGUUGAGAAAAUGACCUCAAUUGUCGCAGGGGUUGGCCUUGAUGUGUCUGUUUUCUAAGGGAUGCCUUUCUAAAAGGUGAACGUCCCUUCUCUAACUUGUCGCGGGUCCAUCAAUGACAAUUUGUGGGUUGGCCCGGCCUGGAAGUUCUUGUAGGCGACGCCUCCUUUGAUAGCAGUUUCCUCUGUGCUAUUAGUGGGGCAUCUAAGAAAAUAUGGGCUGAAUAUAAACAGAUAAAUCAUAGUCUGUUCCAAAUUUGUUUUGUCGGAAUUCUGUGUGCAUUUUUGAUGGGUACUGUGUAUGAAUGCACUCUCAACUUUGCAACAGUUAAGAUGAAGUAUAUCCUUAAGUUGGCUCAAGCUAAGUUUGAGUACAUUUUGUGCAGAUAUUUGCACUAAAUUUAAAGGAUGAGUACUGUUUCUAUGAAACCGACCUGAUUUUGGUUCAAUUUGACUUAUCCAUACAUUCCAUGCAGAUCACUGCACACAAAAGCACACAAGUCUUCAUUCAAGUUAGAGUGAAAUUGGCCAUGGAAUCAUCAUCAUAGGGCUCUAUGCCUCAUCAAUUCCGACACUUAACCGGAAAUUCCCACACAGCUCUCGGACCCCACGGCCGGAGGUGUGCAAACCAUGACAGCAUCAAAUUAAAUGCUAAUAAGAUGAAUUUGAAAUUCAAUUGGCUCCAGAGAUAGCGAUCCUAUCCUAUUUCGAAUAUUUUGUCACGGCCCGUGGGCCUUCCCGUUAAUUAAACCUGGACCCAAUAAAUAAUAGGCACCUCUGACUUAUCAAAACCUCAGAGAGAUAAGAUCAGUUUGUAUGCUCCACAAUUGAGAGAGUUUUGAAUUUGACAUGGGUCAAGUUGAUGACUUUUGGGGAUUUUUUUCCGAAAUGUUAGACGUUUCUCUUGAGAUUGUUUUGAAGUUUCUUUCCCAUGCGAGCAGACGCCAAAUUCUUGUAAAGCAGACGAUUGGAGUAAAAAUAUAUCUGAUGAAACUUAUUGGUCGUAUUUUGCAGUGGGAUCUUGAAGAAAUGAUUGCUCGAAGAUUUAAAGUCCUUGAACGUGUUUUUCACGAAACAAGUGUUGCGUUGUGUUAAAAUAAUCUGUUGGAAGCAAACUUUUGAUUUUUGGUUCAUUUUGACUAGUCUAAGUACACUUCCUGGGGGAAUCUUUUUAAAAUGGCCAUGAUAAACUUGAAAUCAAAUUACAGUCAUUAGCCUUCACCUUUUCUCUCAGAUGUUAUGUUUUGUUGAUAAUGUCUAGCAAAACCUUUUCUUCUUCUGUCAAUCGAACUUUGGGGUCUAUAUCCCAACUACAUAGCAUUGUUUAAUCCCUUUCUCUGUCUGAUAAGGGUCGCAUUAUCCCAGUAUUUUUUAUAGAAAUUGUUCAAAAUCAAAAUAUGUGUUUCUGUUCUGUCUUGUUUGUGUAUUGCUGGCUUGUAGAUAUGACAUUUCUAAAAUUGAGUUCCGAAUUUAGCUUUGUUUGAAAUGAAAUAAACAAGAUAAUUUAAAAUUGAA